CAGAGUCGCAUGGGACUGCCGGAAGCCGAUGGAGGCAGCCUCAGGGAGACGGAGCAACGGUGUGGUGCAGGGCUAAUCAAAUUCCCAACUAAACUAAACAAUCCCUCCUGUACAAGGUACUGACCGAUUGGGAACAACUUCUCUUCACGUCAUACUGCUUUUUUUUUUGCCUUUAAUUAGUAGUGUACGUGACCAAAGCUGCUUAUCCUGAUCUUCAUACGUGGGCUGCUGCUCUCGGCAGGAGUGCAGUGUAUGAAAGAGGGAGAGCGACAUCUCAUAAAGGUUCAGUAAACUUUGAGUGAAUUUAACGUCAAGCAGGUGAGCUGAGGACUGCUUGAGGCUUAGAAUGUUGAGUCGGCUACAGGAGCUGAAAAAAGAGGAGGAAGCUCUGCUGAAGAUCAAAACCACUUUACAGGAUCAGUUAAACAGACUGAAGGUGGAAGAGUUGGCCUUGCGAUCCAUGAUCACAACCAAAGAGCAAGGUGACGCAGUUGACAAUGAUGAGAAUGGACAGGCACCUGAAUCUCUGGAGUCCUUGAUGCAGGUAGACAAUGAAUGUGCCAUCAAUCAAACCCAGCUUCAGCUGAGCACAUCCCAGUUCGUUACUCAUGUAAGACAGGAGGAGGAGGAGGAGGAGGAAGAGGAAUACAAUUAAAUGAAAUUUUGUGGCAAGACUAACAGUGCAUGGGUGUUUGCAAUAUUUUUUUUUGAAGCCAAAGAUGAAGAUAAUGGUAGGACAGAUAUCAGGCUAUGUGUGAUGCAGUCCGUAACUUCUGAAACAUUAUGUGGAAUUUGAAUCUAGAAGGUCGUCUUCAUUGCUGCAUCUCCUGGAUGGAAACUGAGAAGGAAAGGCUGCAGAGGCGGUGGAAAUGAGUGACCUGCAUAGAAAUGUGUUAUUGACACAAGCUGUUGGGACUUGAAAAAAAUGAAAUCAGACGUGCAAGAACACAUGAGAAGUAGGAGGAUGUGAAGUUUCAUGAUUCUGAUGGACGUUGCUGGGAUCUUAGAACAAUGUUGCUGGAUAACUGGAUUACAGUCAUACACUGUGGACAUCUUAUUGAUUUAUUGCAUCACAUAGGGAUCUCUGAUGGUAACUAACUAUUAAAACAGUAUUUUUAAAUAAAGGUCUGUGGAAAAA